ACUUUUUUUCAUCUGCGUCGGCUCUCCCAUCGUUGAUCACUCUGACCGAGGGCAGUCGCCGAGGCAUACAUCCUCGCGCCAUCGAAGGCGGUAGGAUAGACGACGUCCUCAUCUGAGCAAUCGAGAUGGUAAUCACUCGGCAGCUGGAAGAUUCAUCUGCUCUUUCCCCUAGCCAACCUCGCGUUGAGGUAGAUCUUGAGCGCCAAUGUUCGACGGACGAGCGACCUCAAGUGCUACCUGGCGUCCCUCAGCAUGAUGCUUCAGUCACGCUUGCCGCUCUGCAUGCAGUAUCGCCUGCACAGCCAGGCCGUCCCAGGCCGCGGCCUGUGGGCGCCUGGGCCGAUGCCACUGCAACCAAUUCGCCGUCAGAUACAGCGGCGCGCGAGGCUGCGCGCAAGGCUCAAUCUGUUUCCCUCUCGCCAUCUCAGUCUCUCACGACGUCGAAAGGAAGCGAACAGAAUGUACAAGAGAACAUCAGCUCGCCGCUCACUGCGCUGGCAUCGUCCUCCUCUGAUACAGACCAUCAGAGCUCAUCGGAAUACGUUGACGACGAUCAGGGGCAAGCAGAGGACGAUGCUGACGAUGAAGACCUGCCAGAUGUAGAAGAAGAUGAGGAAGAGACUGUGCAUGGCAAGCGAGGCCAGACCGUUCGCCACAAACCGCUCGUUCCGUCCCCGCAGGCUCCUCAGCACCUUGCGCGUCACGGCCAGCCGCAGCAUUCGCUCUAUCGCCACGCUCAGCCAAGACAGCACUUGCCAGGUACCAUUGCCGUGCCUCAAAUUCAUCGAGAUGCUCAGAAACGUGCACGACCGGCUCUGCCCAGUCUUUCCCGUAUCGGCGGUCAACCGCUCAUGACGGCUUACACCAGCUGGGAUGCUGUCUCGCCAAUCGCCAAGAAACAUCGCCCUUUGCAGUCCUUGUCACACAAGCCUGAUUCGCCUGCGCAGGCUUCGCAAGACGAAUUCAUGCGCAAGCUUAGAGCCGAGCAUGAGCUCCGUGCCGCCGAAGCCUCGGCCCAAUUGCGAGCUCAGCAGCAGCUGCAGGGCAACUCUCUUCCUGCUGCAUUCUGUCAGCUUCGACCGUCUCACAAUGCCGCAGGCUCAGCGCAUCCCGUGCCAACCCAACAAGGCGGAUCUAUGCCAAUGCAUAUCUCAGUCUCCGCGCUCGCUCCCAAGUCCGCUCAUCUGCCUCAACCUCCGCUCGCGAAUGUCAAGCAGUUCCCUGCGCCGGUAACAGGCCAGCCGCAUCCGACAGCGGACGGCACUGCCGCUGAGGUCCGCAAGCGCACGCACCCUCCAAUGCUCUCGGCGAGUCUGCUCAAGUCGGCAGACUUCACCGGUCCCCCGGCCAAGCUGUAUUCCGGUCGUACUGAGGCAGAUCACUCGCCGGGAUGCAACAUUCCUUGCAUCGAUCGCCAACAAGUCGAGCAGAAAACUGAAGGUCCGCCAAUUCUUGACCCUGGCGCAAACGACGAAUUGCCUCGACUGCCAAAUCUACAAGAUUCUAUCAGCGAUUUGCCGUUGGACCGAGCACAGGCCGGUUCGCGCUUCUCGGGCGAUGCGCUUGACACUUGCUCGGCGUCACCAACCCAAUCAUCGAUGGCGUCUCAGGAGCAGAGCAUGCCAGUCUCACAGCCGAGCUCGAAGCUGUCCAAGUCCUCGUCAAAGACACCGCCAGUCCGCCUUUACGCGUCGUCGCACAAGGUGUCGAUGACGCGCUACGCCACGAGCACGGAUCCGCGCGGAUAUAUUCCAGUUUUCGAAUACCCGCUCAACGGUCAGACAAUCAUGAUAGACUGUGAGACGGGUUUCGUGCAUUUUACUGGCAUCUGGAAAGCGCUCGGCCACACCAAGGCGGAUGUCGUCAAGCUGAUAGAAUCAUCGCCAGAGAUCUCUGCAAGCGUACGCAAAGUCAGGGGUGGCUAUCUCAAAAUUCAAGGGACUUGGCUGCCAUAUGACACCGCUCUCAGCUUGGCCCGUCGUGUUGCGUUCUCAAUCCGGGACGAUCUCGUGCCUUUGUUCGGUCCGGCGUUCCCGAGCUCCUGCCUGAUGCCGGGACAGCCCGGCUUCGGUCAGCUCCUCCUCUCUCAGCCGAGAAAUCGCGGCGCAAGUCGCCGUAAGGAUUCGCCCCGUCAAAGUGCGACUCCGCCACAGCUUGGUGCAAGCAAUCGCAUACUUGAAGCUGGGCACGCUUCUUUCGGAGCCGGUCGAAUCACUAAAUGGACACCGCCUCAUCGAGCGUACGGCAUCCAGGAGAAUUCGGUUCAUUUGCAGCCCGCAUAUGCAACUCAUGGGGCAUUCCGCGCCUUUGACAAUUCGACAUUCAGCAGAUACGGUCCGCCGCAUAUGGCGGCUCCUGCAAUGCCUAUACCUGGAUUGACCGUACCUGCCAUGGAUUUCCAGCCUGUCGGCUUGCGUCAAUCUCAUGCCCUGACCGAUGGCGCUCGAUCAACGUCCGGAUUCACUGGAAUGCACGCCUCAAUGUUGCCCUAUCAAGACUAUUCGGCAGCGGAAUACAGCAUGCAACUCCCGACGAUGGCUCCCUCGAUGCCUUUCGGUACGCAGCCGUUCGCGAGCGACGCCUCCGGUGCGCAAGCGCCUAUGCAGUACAACCAACACAGAAUGCCUGUGCCAGCUCAGCAAUCGUAUUGGUCUGCACAGCGACAUGCGCCGAUCGAGUCCCCACGCCAGUUCGACUACCGGCACAGCUUCGAUCAAUCAGGUCAUCUAGCUUUCGCAGGCAAUGAUCCGCUGCGUGCCAGACAGCAGGGCCUCGAUCGUGUCUUACCGGAUGCGCCACUACCAGACUUGCGAAGACACAGUGCAGACGCAGUACAGGGCCUGAUUAGUCUCAAUGGAAGCUACCAAUACAUGCCGCAGCCGAGUACGAACAAGCAACCUGACGCGCCAAUGUGGUCGCAAGAUGGGCAAGAUCACCUCAAUGGCAAUCCGGCGAUUGAUCUGCAUACGGUCACUCAGCCUGCCCGCAAUGCCGAUGAGCCGGGAAUGCAAGCUCAGACCUCGUAGCUUAAAUGCAAGCUAGAAAUGGCAUUGGAUCUGAGAACAGACCUCUCGUGCUGAAGCGAGCGCGCCUGCCAUGAGUAGUCUCGGCGCAGUCA